AUGCUUACAACUAGAAACAGGGGCAUUGUUGAUUUGAUUCCUUCUGUUGAUGUCCAUAGGCUACAGCCCUUGCCGUCAGAUAAGGCGUUUGAACUCUUUUGUAGAAAGGCUUUUGGUUCUCAAGGGUGUUGCCCGCCCGAGUUGGAGAAACUAUCUCAUGACAUUCUUCGGAAAUGUGGAGGUUUACCACUAGCAAUUGUUGCCGUAGGUGGUCUUCUCUCAAACAAGAACAAGGUUGCUUUUGAAUGGAAAAACUUACUUGAUGACUUGGCGUCACAGUUGGGAAGCGAUUCUCAUCUAAAAGAUUGCAACAAAGUCUUAUUAGAAGGUUAUUAUGGUCUACCUCACCAUCUCAAAUCUUGCCUCUUGUAUUUUGGUUUUCUUCCAGAAAGCUACACAAUCAAUUGUGCAAGACUGAUUCGCCUAUGGAUUGCUGAGGGCUUUGUCCCUUAUUCCAAAGGUCGCACACCUGAACAAGUUGCUGAAGAAUUCUUGAUCGAUCUCAUUAACAGAAGCUUGGUUCAAGUGGUAGACACAGAUUUCAUUGGAAGACCUAGACAUUGUCAAGUCCAUGAUCUGAUGCAUGAGAUUAUCCUUAGAAAGGCCGAAUGUUUGGGCUUCUCUCAUUUUGUGAACAAAGAACACUCAAAUCUCUCUAGCAAGAUUCGGCGCAUUUCAAUACAAGGAAGUACGGAUACCGUUCUUGAGAGCAUCAAGGUCUCAAAGAUACGUUCUGUUUCUCUUUUCAAUGUUGAUAGGUUGCCUAACUCUUUCAUGACUACACUUGUUGUGGAUUUCAAACUUAUAAAAGUACUUGAUUUUGAAGAUAGUCCUAUAGAGUAUCUUCCUGAAAGAGUGGGAAACCUCUUCCAUUUGCACUACUUAAGUGUGAAAAAUACAAAAGUAGGAGUACUUCCCAAGUCCAUUGGUAAGCUUCUCAACUUGGAAACAUUGAAUUUGAAGCUUUCUCUUGUCACUGAGAUUCCUGUUGAGAUCAAGAAUCUUAAAAAAUUGCGUUAUCUAUUGAUAUACCAUUUGGAUAGUAGUGGUCGUUAUGAAAGUGUAAAAAUACCUGUGGGGUUGGGCUCUUUAUUGGAUCUGCAAAAGCUAGGUUCUGUGGAAGCUAAUUUCGAAGUCCUCAAAGAGCUUAGGAAGCUAAGGCAUCUAAGAAAGUUAGAUAUUAGGGUGAAAAAUGGAAAUGAGAAUGAUCUGUGUGCUUGUAUUGCCAAUAUGGAAAAACUUGAAUCUCUAAGUCUUCAGUCGACAGGUAGAGAGGAAAUUCUUGAUACAGAAUCGAUGACUUCUCCUCCUCAUGGUCUUCAGCGCCUCUUCUUAAGAGGAAAUAUGAAGAAGUUGCCAGAUUGGAUUUUUAAACUUGAACAUAUUAUCAGACUUACUUUGGAUUUGUCAGGACUAACCGAUGAUCCCAUAAGAGUCCUUCAUGCCCUUCCUAAUUUGUUGGACCUUAUGCUAUGGGACACAUGCCAUGAUGAGCAAUUACAUUUCAAAGAAGGUUGGUUUCCAAAACUAAAAAUUUUGAACAUCAUUGACUUUAGAGGAGUGGAAUUGAUGAUUAUAGACAAAGGUGCAAUGCCUAACCUUGAACACUUACUUAUUAGACGAUUCCCUCGGUUGAUAGAGAUUCCAAUUGGAAUUGAACAUCUAAGCAACCUAAAGUUUCUUAUGUUCCGUUAUAUGUUGAAAGAAGUUUGUUAUAUGAUACAAGACGAGAAGUGGAAGAAAGUUACCCAACAUAUACAGAAAGUCUAUGUCACUUACAUGGAAGCAGGAAAACUCGUUCUUACAACUAUUGAAGAAGUGGCGCGAAGUAACAAGUCUUGUCAUCUGUGAACAACAGAAGAUGUAUCUUGGAUUGCGAGAACAUCAUGAAUAAACCAGGUAAUUCCAAGAUUUUAUAUACUUUUUUCUUGUGAAUGGUGUAGUAUUGGUGGGCAAUGUGUGAUUGUUGUAUUGUCCGGGUAAUGCUAGUAAGACAUAGAAGUAUUACUUGCAGUUG